CUCCAAGUUGGCUAAGUCGAUGAUCAAUCUUGCUAAUUCAGUGAGUUCAAAGACGGGGGGAAGAGAUGGGCUACGUGGGAUUUUCUAAACAUCCUAUUUUGCUGGUUUGGGUGUGCGUCUUCCUUGGAAUGUUUGCUAACUCCAAGUGCAGCAGCAACAUCAGGCCUAUUCUAAUCAACUUCGGUGAUUCCAAUUCGGAUACUGGAGGUGUCCUGGCAGGCACUGGACUCCCAAUUGGCCUUCCCCAUGGCAUUACAUUUUUCCACAGUGGCACCGGCCGGCUAGGCGAUGGACGGCUUGUGAUUGAUUUCGUCUGCGAACACUUGAACCUGAGUUAUUUGAGCCCAUAUUUGGACUCAUUGUCACCAAAUUUCACAAGUGGAGUGAACUUCGCAGUAAGUGGAGCAACCUUGCUGCCACAGUUUGUGCCUUUUGCACUAGAUGUUCAAGUUCGCCAAUUCAUUCGCUUCAGAAAACGUUCUCUUGAACUCCUAUCACUGGGUUCCAGAAACUUAAUCGAUGAAGAUGGAAUCCGUAAUGCACUUUAUAUGAUCGAUAUUGGAGAGAAUGAUCUCUUGCUAGCCCUGUACGCAACAAACUUAACAUAUGCACCAGUUAUUGAAAAAGUUCCUUCAUUUCUUGCAGAAAUCAAACUAGCCAUUCAAAAUAUAUAUCAAUAUGGUGGCAGAAGAUUUUGGAUACACAACACUGGGCCAUUAGGCUGUGCCCCUAAAGAACUUGCAUUACAUCCACAUAACAACACAGAUCUUGAUCGAAUUGGAUGCCUUCGCAUCCAUAAUGAUGUUGCAAAGGCUUUUAAUGAAGGAGUUAACAAUGUCUGCAAAGAACUGAGAUCAGUAUUCAAGGAUGCAACUAUUGUUUACGUGGACAUAUACACAAUCAAGUACAAACUCUUUGCCAAGUACAAAAAAUAUGGUUUUGAAGAUCCAUUCGUGGCUUGUUGUGGUUAUGGGGGGCCUCCAAACAAUUACAAUGUAAAAGCAACAUGCGGCCAGCCUGGUUACAGCAUCUGCAGAAAUGUAUCAAGAUCCAUAGUCUGGGAUGGAGUUCAUUAUACUGAAGCUGCCAAUCGUGUGAUUGCAACAAGUAUUUUAUCUACGCAUUAUACUACACCUCGAGUAAAGCUUGACCAAUUUUGGCCAGACAACUAAGUGGCCUAGCUGCUGCUGCUGCCUCCAUGAGUUCUUUUUGAUGUGGCUACAUUUCUAAAUGCUGCCUCCAUAAAUAGAUCCAAAUGCUUGUCUAAAUCCAUUUUCAGAUCAGAAAUACUUGGGGUUUUUGUUUUUGUGUGAAAACGCUUCUUUGCCCUCUUACUAGA